AUGCAAUAUUUUUCUUCAGAUCAACUGUCAUGUUUCAGGGAGGAAAUGCAAGCAGCGAAAGAUCGCUUCAGUCAAUUGGACAAGGACAGGAAAGGCCACAUUACCGUUAACGACCUCAGACGUCACUUUAGGGAUCACAACCAGAAGAUUGAUGAACGAGUUUUGCACGAGCUACUGAACGAAGUUGAUUUGAAUAAGAACGGUGAAAUCGAAAUCUCUGAAUUCUUCCAGUUGUAUUCUGGCCUGAAAGGCGGGCAGAUCAGUGCCAACCGUCUGGUGCUUUACCUGGACGAGAUUCAUGGAACGCCAGGAGUGAACCGAUCUGGAGGCGGGGUCUAA